CAGCUCAGUUUCCAGUCCAGCUUGGUCUUGGGGGGUACACAUGCUACAGUACAGCUGCAGUCCCCACAGUCCUGUACCACGUUAUAUCUACAACCAGUAACUGAGCGGAGCACCACGGCACUGUGAGCCACAUCCAACCCCGAGAUGGAGUUCUCAAUCCGUGCAGCCAACGUGGAAGACUGCAAGGACAUCGCGCGGAUGAUCAUGGAACUGGCUGAAUAUGAGAAAAUGGCAGACCAUGUGAAAGUCACGCAGAGAGACUUGGAGCAGGAUGGUUUCUCCAAGAACCCGUUCUUCCACGGGAUCAUUGCUGAGGUGCCAGAGCAGCACAAAACCAAAGAAGGCCAUACGAAGAUAGGCUAUGCACUUUACUUCUAUUCCUACAGCUCAUGGAUGGGCAGAGCUGUUUAUAUGGAGGACUUGUAUGUGAUGCCUGAGUUCAGAGGGAAGGGUAUUGGUAAAGCACUUAUGAGCAAGGUAGCACAGUUGGGCCUGGCCGCCGGCUGCAACCAGCUCAACUUCACCGUUCUGGACUGGAACAAAUCAUCUCUGGACUUCUACCUCACCCAGGGCUGCUUCGACGUCACAUCUACAAUGGGCUACCACUGUAUGCGCUGCGAGGGAGAGGCACUGGAGCACCUUGCCCAACCUUAACCAAUGAGCUGGGCUCUCGACCUCUGCAACCAUGAGGUCAACCCACAUAGUGCAGGGAUAGAGCGCCACUCUGUGGCCCCGUUCCAAAACUUGACAAUCGCAAUCGUCACACAGAUUUCUCGAAAAAGUAACCUAAGCAUCGCCACCCACCCAAGGAUAUAGAAGCAGGCUUUUGAUUUCUAGCCAAUGACUACUGAUUUUGUGAUUUUAACUGAAAUUACAACAAUGGCAGAUUUUAUCAGCUUUGUUUCGUUAACGCUAGCUUAUUAGCGGAUGCUAACUCCCUGAGUUGCAAGACUGCUUUUGUCUUGCAGUUUA